UUGGAUUGCUGCAACAGGUGUGUGUAUCUACAGUAUAUAAACCUGCCUGAAACAUGAAGCAGGUUGCUCCAACCUGGAUAAAGAGUAGCUAGCUGGAAAAGCUGGCGCUGCACUGUCAGAAUGCCUCCACAGUCAGGCACUGUUCUAGGGGGAAAGGAACCUUGCUUAGACGCUCCACAGCUUUUCACCUGGGAGGAGAUAGGACUCCGCUCGGGCAAAGGGAACUCCAAGGAAGAGAGGUGGCUGGUCAUCAACCGGAAAGUCUACGAUGUCAGCAAGUUCUAUUGGCGGCACCCUGGAGGAAGGCGCGUCAUCAGCCACUAUUCCGGACAAGAUGCCACGGAUGCCUUCACCGCUUUCCACAAGGAUGAGGACCUAGUAAAGAAACACCUGAGCUCACUGCUAAUUGGGGAGCUGGCACCUGAUCAACCCAGCUGUGAACCCACCAAAAAAGAUAUGCUGAUACAAGACUUUCGUGAGCUGCACAGCACAGUGAAGAGAUCUGGACUCCUGAAGGCCAGUUACCCCUUCUUCACCUUCAUGUUUCUGCAUGCUUUCCUGAUAGAUAUUGCAUCCUGGCUCGUCAUCUGGUACUUUGGAAAAACCUGGACCCCUUUCCUUAUUGGUGUAGCAUUGUUCACCAUUGCACAGAUCCAGUAUGGCUUUCUUCAGCAUGAUCUUGGGCAUGUUUCCGUCUUUCAAAAGCCCAAGUGGAAUAGACUGGCUCACCACAUUGUGGCAGGAGUCCUUAAAGGAGGGCCCCCCAGCUGGUGGAACCAUAUGCAUAACCAGCAUCAUGCCAAACCCAACUGCUUCCGCAAGGACCCAGAUCUCAACAUGCAUCCACUCCUGUUCAGCCUGGGGAAGCCGCUCUCUGAGGAGCUUGGGAAGAAGAAGAAGAAAUACAUGCCUUACCAGCACCAGCACAAAUACUUCGCCCUCUUAGCCCCGAUGACUUUCGUUAUAUUUGUGCAGCUGAUUAUAAUACGCUUUGCAAUUCAGAGGAAAAAAUGGAUGGAGUUUGCUUUCAUUGUGUUCUACAAUAUCCGCGUUUGUCUCAUGUUUGUUCCUUUAAUGGGAUUUAAGAGCUUCAUGGCGUUCUACUGGCUGGCCAGGUUCCUAGAGAGCACUUGGUUUCUCUGGGUCUCACAGAUGAACCACAUUCCCAUGACUAUCGAUUAUGAUAAGAAUUUGGACUGGGUGUCUGCUCAGCUCGCAGCGACGUGUGAUGUGGAUCAAUCCCUGUUCAAUGACUGGUACACAGGACACCUAAACUUCCAGAUUGAGCAUCACCUUUUCCCAACGAUGCCUCGUCACAAUUAUUGGAAGGUGGCUCCUCUGGUGAAAUCCCUGUGUGCUAAGCAUGGCGUUAAGUACCAAUGCAAGCCCUUGCUCACGGCUUUUGCAGAUAUAUUGCACACGCUGAAGGAGUCUGGGGAACACUGGCUGGAUGCUUAUAUCCACGCGUAAGGGGAGAGAGGACUUUGGGGACGAAUUGCCUCGUGCUGAACUGUGAUCUCCUGUGCUUCCUCUUCCCUGCCGCACACACCUUGAGCUGAACUCUGAAGCUUUAGGAAUUUGAGGUGGGGCUGGAGUUGAGCGAGAGAGAGAAAGGUGGCUUCUCUGCUGUCUUGCCCCUUUCUGUUUGUGGGGGGAUGAAAAAAGGAAAAAAGAGCCUUCAUUCUGCUUUGAGACAUUAUGAAGAGACACGGAAAGGGAAACAGUGCUUUGCUUUCUCUGUAUUUCCACCUGCAACAACAGUUUCAAAGGUAUAGGAGGACAUGCAGCCUGCCAACCAUUCUGAGUCCGUACACCCUGAUCGUUUCCUUUAGUAGACUUUGCAUAGUCCUUUAAUUGUCUCAGGCUCCUGACUCUGGGGUUGCAGCGCUCACCUCGCCUGGUAGGCUUUCCAGCUCUGAGGCCAAUCUCUUCUCUCCCCUGCCCUCCCUUUCCAGUUUUUCCUCCUCAGUGGAGAAAUCCAGGAUUGUGCCAUAGCUGUUAUUGAUCUGCAGCAGCACCAUGCUCCUUUGAAACAAAGACACGAAGCACUGAAGACAGCUGCUGUUUUUGGGAGACAGUGUAAACCCAGAGGUUUUGUGCCUCCAGAUAAUGUGACAAAAUACAUAAUGACACAACUAAUGGCACAAAUCCAACGCGUCCUUAUUUUGGGGGUGGCCACAUUUAGCUUCCAAACUGAUAAGCACUCAGUCAUUCAAGUUUCGUAAUAAAGGGAACAAUGAUUAAGCAAGAUCCAAUUUUCUGUGCUUAUCAGAAAUCUUUUCCUUAAGUCCUAAGCAGGCUUCUUGAGCAAGCAAAGCCACUUUCCAUUUCUCCCAAACUAAAGUUCUUGCCUCUCAUGAUAAUAUAGUUCAGCUUAGCAUAUGAAGUUGUCUGUACAUGAAGAUAAUUGAAUGAGACACCUAUUCUGGGCGGACUUGCCUUCAGAGGUUAGAUGGUGGCAACAACCAGACAGAGGCAGGCCUUCUCCAUGAUGCAACCCUGAUUAAAACUCCCUCCUAUACUCUUUUUUAAAACAAAAAAAUCUUUGAGGUGCAAAAAAAAAAAUGUAUACUUUUGGCAACCAAUGGCACCAUCUCUCUAGCUCUUUUAAUGUCGUCGCUGCUAUUGUCUUAUUGUAUUAUAUUAUUAAUUUAUGUAAUUUUGUUGUAAAUUGUCACCAUGAAGUCCUUCUAUGGUAGAAGAGUUGUAAAUAAAUAAAUUAAAUAAAUAAAUUAAAUAAAUAUAAGUAGCCUGCAAACGUGAAUGUAUGCUGUUUUGAAAUUGAUGGAAGAAACAACUUCAGAGAUGGGCAUGGUGUGAAAUGACUGGGGAGACAUGCACGUCAACAACGGACGUUUGAUGUGACUGGGUACCAUAGUUGCUGCUGUGCGAGAUUUUGAAAGUAGAUAACGAGUGCAAAAUUUAAGACAUCUUUCUACAAAAAGAAAUCAUAGGAAUUCAAACUGUGGUGUGAAAACCUU